UUCCCGCUCUCUCAGCACUGACCCUCUGACAGUGCCCGCUCCCCCAGCACUGACCCUCAGUGUGGAACACCUUCAGCAUUGCUCUACAGUAGUGCCAGCUGGGAUCUUUAUGCUUAAAUCUCGAGUGGGAUUUAAGCUAACAAUUUUCUGAUUCUGAGACAGCAGUGUUGUCACUGAGCUACGUAUAUACUGUAUGCGGUCCUUGAUGCAAGAAAGCCAAACAUUUUUAUCAUAAAAAGCUGCUUCUUUCAAUAUAACAUUUUGCUGAUAGAAGUUCAGAUGCUUUUAAUAAAAAAUGAACAAAAGAAGUUAUUUGUGUGUGGUUAGUGUCUUCAGUAUUGGACAAAAGCUUCCAUUCUGUCUUCUGCCUGCUGCCUCCUGCCGCCCUCUUCUCGAAUGUCUCCCCGGGGGAAGGAUAUUAUUUUUCGGUUAGAUCUGGGCGCCACGCCACCCCCGCCUCCUCCCCCGGACGGACACGCGUCAUUCGCCAACCUCUCUCUCGUGUAGGAGGCAUGAACCGAGCCGGGAAUAUCCAGAACUCUCUCCAGCAAAAGAUCAACAGACAAAAAACAUCCAUCAGUUACACGGCAGAUCAGAAAGUAGCAACGGGGUGGAAGCGGCACAGAGAUCAGGUCUUCGUUCAUUUUAGUCAGUGGGUGCUCCCAAGGACUGAGAUCUCACAGGAACUAUCCAACAUCACAUCAGCCGGUCUGACCGCCAGAGUCCGCAGGACAACUUUAAUCAAGAAUCAACAUUAAGGUUCAGCAGCGAGUCCCCCGCAAUGUCUUUGCCACGGACCCUUGGUGAACUGCAGCUGUACCGUGUCCUGCAGAGGGCCCAUCUGCUGCCCUAUUAUAAUACCUUCAUCCAGCAGGGAGGGGAUGAUGUGCAGCAGCUCAGUGAGGCGGGUGAGGAGGAGUUCCUGGAAAUUAUGUCCCUGGUUGGCAUGGCGACGAAGCCUCUCCAUGUGCGAAGGCUCCAGAAGGCCUUGCAGGAGUGGGUCGUGAACCCAGCCGUUUUCAACCAGCCUCUGGCCUCUGUUCCCCUCAGUAGCUUCUCUGCGUCGAAACUGAUUAAUGCAUCUUCACGGGAGUCAAAGAAGAGACCGGUCAGCAGCAGCAGAGGCGCUACUCCGGCAAAGCAAGGCAAACAUCUGCAAAGCUUCAGCACUGCAUCAGCAAGGAGCAUCAGCCCCAACUCCCCAUCCGAUGGGAGGGAGAAUUUCUCAGUGCAGUUUUCUGGUGAAGAGUGCCAACCGCCAGAACCUGACAGCAGCGUCCCAGGCAACGACCCCACAUCUCCCCGAGAGAGCCCCACCCAACUGGACCUUGACACAGCGCAGACGAUUACAGACAGCGUCCGGCACACGAUGAAGACUUUCCCCAAAAGUUACCACGAUGAAUUUUUGAAACUGAAUAAAAAGUUUGCAAAAUCCGUCGGUCUCAUCUUCCGAACGGAUGACAAUAAUAAUCCCGCGAAGGAGGAGGAUAACAGGAAGUCCGGUGGACGAUCCGAGUGGAAGCGCGGGAACAGCAGGCAGCUGUCAAAAUACGAGUUGACCAGCAAUGAGGCGACCGCUCCGUUUUGCAGGGUGGAUAGCAACUUACUGAUCGGGAGAGUCGAUUUUCUUUCACUGGCUCGACUGGUGGCUCAGAGGCAAGCACGAUUAAACUCCGAUGAAGUUCAUGGUCCCACUGUGAAGAAUAUGAAACUUGAGCACCAGCUAGAAUCUGACUUGAAGCACGCAAUGCUGAUACAGAGUCAAACUGAAUUGAUCAAACACCAAAGGAAAGCUUCAGCAGGGUCCAGAUGCAACAAAGAGGAGGAUACUGGCAGCCUAUUCAGGGAUAGUCUCUCUGGACAAAUGGAAGAAGCAGAAAGUGGGGAAUAUCUGAAAGGUAACUAACUGCCACUCAGCCUCUAUUAUCAUUGAGAAGGUACUGAAGACAGUGAAAUAAUGAAACCAAAGGACGUAAUAAAACCAUAAAAUUAAAAGCUGCAGCAAACGGAUAUGAACAUGACCACAUCAGGAUUUAAUGCUCACCAUUUUCUCAGAUCUCUCAGGGAAUGCAUGGACCUACACUGUCAAGCAAAUUGGAAGUUAACUCCUCCACUUCAAUUUGAUUUUUGUCUAAUUCUACUUUUGGAAAAUGGCAAAUGAGGCCUGUGUUGCCACUGCACUGUGGAUUGGACAGAUCAGGUGCUUCUGUAAAUGGGAUCUGGGCCAUUCCGCAAGA